CAGUGGCAGCGAGGAUCUGAAAAUAAGGGACAGGGAUUAGACCUCUCCAAGAAGAAUUUAAGUUCUGCACAUGCUUCUUUUGUCAAACUUGUUCUGAUAACUUUUUCUACUUCACCUUGUAAUCCGUUUUUCCCCCAUCAAAAUGACUGGUGGCCCACUGGCAGGGUUACUGGUUGCGCUGUGCGUAAGCAGCGCAGUCCACGGCUUACCGAAGAAGAGCAAACGACAGAGUGGCCAGUAUCAGGUGUUUCCUGAGCUCAGGGACGCAGCGGCCGUCUCUCCAGUCGGCUGUGAGGAAAACGGUCGCUCACACAGAAUAAACGAGCAGUGGGAGAAGCCCUACCUGGGGAGUACACUGAUAUGCACCUGCAAUGGAGCAGCAGGCAUCAAAUGUAAAACUAAACCCGAAGUGGAGGAGUCCUGUUAUGAUAAGAGCAAUGACCGGUCAUACCGGGUCGGUGAAACCUACGAGAGACCCAAGGACAGGAUGAUGUGGGACUGCACCUGUAUUGGUUCCGGUCGUGGCAAGAUCAGCUGCACCAUUGCAAAUCGUUGCCAUGAAGGUGGGAUGUCCUAUAAAAUCGGAGACACUUGGCAGAGGCCUCAUGACACGGCUGACUACAUGCUGGAGUGUGUGUGUCUCGGAAAUGGCAAAGGAGAGUGGACCUGCAAACCAGUGGCUGAGCGUUGCUAUGACACCACCGCUACGGCAUCGUACAUCGUGGGGGAGACCUGGGAGAAAUCGUACCAAGGCUGGAUGAUGCUGGACUGCACCUGUCUGGGAGAGGGAAAUGGACGCAUCACUUGCACCUCAAGGAAUCGUUGCAACGACCAGGACACCAGGAAGUCCUUCCGUAUUGGGGACUCAUGGUCAAAGAAGGACACAAGUGGCCACAUCGUGCAGUGUCAGUGCAUGGGGAACGGUCGUGGAGAGUGGAAGUGUGAGAGACACAACGCAGGCCGAACUGCAGGUACGGUGGUGUUGACCCCCGACCAGUCCCAGGCCCAGGUGCUGCCGGACCACAAUAUCGAGGGGACGUGCCGCUCAGACUCUGGAGCCACCUACUACGACAGGCAGCGCUGGUUCAGAAGCCAGGGCAGCAAGCAGAUGCUCUGCACCUGUCUGGGCAACGGGGUCAGCUGUCAGGAGUGGGAGGCCAGGAAGCUGGCGUAUGGUGGCAUCUCUGACGGCCAGCCGUGUGCAUUCCCGUUCGUCUUCAUGGGAAAGACGUACUACUCCUGCACCUCAGACGGACGCACAGAUGGGCAGCUCUGGUGCGCGACAUCUUCAGACUACGAGAAAGACCCGCAGUACUCUUUCUGUACUGAGAAGAAUGCCAUUGUGGCAACACGAGGUGGCAACUCCAACGGCGGCCUGUGCCACUUCCCCUUCCUCUACAGUGGACGCAACUACACUGACUGCACCUCCGACGGGCGCCGUGACAACAUGAGGUGGUGUGGCACCACCCAUGACUACGACACAGAACAGCGCUUUGGAUUCUGCCCCAUGGCUGCCCAUGAGGAGUCAUGUACCACCAACGAUGGACUGAUGCACCGCGUAGGCGAUAAGUGGGACAAACGCCAUGAUGUCAUGGGUCACGCGAUGGAGUGCACAUGCCUGGGCAACGGCCGUGGGGAGUGGAGCUGUGUGGCUCAGUCACAGCUGCGAGAUCAGUGUGUGGUUGAUUCCUUGUCCUAUGAAGUAAACCAGGACUUCACCAAGCGCCACGACGAGGGCUACAUGAUGAACUGCACCUGCCUUGGACAGGGGCGUGGACGCUGGAAGUGUGACGCGCUCGAUCAGUGUCAGGAGCCACAGACAAGAGCUUUCUAUCAGAUUGGAGAUACGUGGGACAAAGUCAUCCAUAAUAUCCACUACCGCUGUUAUUGCUAUGGCAAAGGGGUUGGAGAGAUGAGAUGUGAACCUCAGCAGACCUACCAAGACGGCCACAGACCUGUCCAGGUGAUCAUCACGGAGGCAGGAAAACAACCAGACUCACACCCUAUUCAGUGGAACCCCCCCUCAUCGGUUCAAAUCACCCAGUACAUCCUCAAAUGGAGAAUUAAAAAUAACCGCUCUCCCUGGAGGGAGGUCACCAUCCCCGGACACCUCCACACCUACACCAUCAGCGGGCUGCGUCCAGGCAUCACCUACGAGGGUCAGCUGAUCAGCAUCCUGCACUACGGACGCCGCGAGGUCACACGCUUCGAUUUCACCACGACCCACGGUUCCUUGGAAACGUCGGAGGGAGAGACGACCCUGCCUCCUGCGGUGGUGGACACUUCUGAGUCUGUGACAGAAAUCACGUCAAACAGCUUCAUUGUGUCCUGGACGUCAGCCUCCUCGACCAUCUCUGGCUUCAGGGUGGAGUAUGAGCUCAGUGAGGACGGGGCCAAGCCCAAAGUCCUGGAUGUUCCCCGGACAGCCUCCUCUGUCACCAUCGUUGACCUCCUGCCAGGACGCAGAUACAACGUCAACGUCUAUGAGCUCCCAGAUCAGGGACAACCAAACCUCAUUCUGACUACCACCCAGACUACAGCUCCUGACACCCCUGCUCAGCAUGCAGUCGAUGAGGUGGGAGAGUCCUCCAUCAGAAUCAGCUGGUCCAAGCCUCAGGCUCCUAUUACUGGUUACCGGGUGGUGUACACACCGUCAGUGGAAGGCAGCAGCACUGAGCUUAACCUGCCAGACUCAGAAACCUCAGUGACCCUGGCCGACCUCCUGCCCGGUCUGCUUUACAACAUCAGUAUCUAUGCAGUGGAGGAGGACCAGGAGAGUGAGCCUGUGUUUGUACAGGUCAAUACAGCCGGAUCCCCUGUACCAGAGGAUGUCCCGGCACCCACAGACCUGCAGUUCUACGAGGUGACUGAUAUGAAAAUCACCAUCACCUGGACCGGUCCACCCAGCGAGGUUACCGCUUACAGGGUGCACUUCACCCCCAUUGGACCUGACGGCUCUGAGACGAGGCUCCUGCAGCUGCCUUUCUCCCCCAACGCAUAUGCUGAUAUCACCCACUUGCAGCCGGGCACACUGUACCGCUUUUACAUCUACGCCAUCAAUGGUGGAGUGGAGAGCAAGCCCCUGAUGGGAGAAAGGUGGACCAAACCGGAUUCUCCCAGUGAUGUGCGCUUCACUGACAUUGGCCACAACAGUGUCAUGGUCAUUUGGGAGGCCCCCCGCACCAUCGUCAGUGGCUACCGUCUCUUCCUGAGCAUCAAGGGCUCCAACCCCGUUGAGAAGAGGAUCCCUAGCGGCGUCACACAGUACCCUUUAAAGAAUUUACGUCCAGAGACGAAGUACACGGCCAUCCUGCACUCAGAACUUGACAAUGAGCUGAGCGAAGGCGUCUCGACAGACUUUACCACCUCUCCUCAGAUGGGAAAUGCUCCUGCUUUUAACACUGAUGUCACUGACAGCUCCAUCACCAUCACCUGGAUACCUGUUCGUAGGUUCAGCUACAAGCUGUCUGUGCUCCCCAGCCAGGAAGGCGAGUCUCCCAGACAAGAGACCUCUGACUCUGGGCUUAUUCAAAUUCCCGGUCUGAUUCCUGGGACUCAGUACACUUACAGCGUUCAGCCCAUCUUCAACGGACGCAACCGUGGAAACCCCAUCACCCGCAAUGUUGUCACUUCCAUGUCUCCUCCCACUGACCUGCGAGUGGAGUCCAACCCCGCAACAGGAGAUCUCACUGUCCACUGGGUAGCUUCCAAAACACCAGGCAUCACAGGCUACAGAGUGACAAGCACACCAACCACCGGCCAGCGAGGGAACACCCUGGAAGAGUUUGUCCCUGCAGAUCAAACCUCAUGCAUGCUCGAGAGCCUGAAUCUGGGGGCCGAGUACAACAUCAGUGUCUUCACUACCAAGGGCCAUUUGGAAAGUGUGCCCGUGUCCACAAUUGUCACACCAGACAUCCCCGCGCCAAGUCACAUUGUCUUUGUCGACAUUACUGACACCACCCUCGGCCUGCGCUGGAUCCCUCUGACUUAUACUACCAUUACUGGUUACCGGAUAACGGUGGUAACGUCAGGCGAGAGCUUGCCAAUUUUUCAAGAUAUGGUGGAAGCAUCUGCUGGUUAUUACACAAUUCGUGGUUUGGAGCCCGGCGUGGACUAUGACAUCAGUAUCUUCACUGUUACAGAGGAAGGGGAAAGCGAGCCGACCGUAUACACAAAGCAAACACAAGCUGCUAUUCCAGCUCCCACCAACCUGCAGUUUAGAGGGGUGGGUCCUGACCACAUCAGGGUGACAUGGGCAGUCCCUCAUGUCGCCACACCGAGCGACAUCUCUCGGUUUGUCAUCCGUUACCAUCCCACAGCCACAGACGACGACAUCAAAGAGGUUAAUGUUGGCGGAGCCACCAACACCUUCGUGCUGGAGAACCUGCUUCCCAACACUGAGUACCGUAUAAGUGUUGAGUGUGUGUACGGUGAACGAGUAAGUGAACCAGCCACAGGGACCCAGAGGACAACUCUGGACUCCCCCACCGGCUUGGACUUCUCCGACAUUCGCACCAACUCCUUCACCGUUCACUGGCUGGCUCCGACCGCUGCUAUCAGCGGCUACCGCAUCAACUUUCAGAAGACGAGCGGCGGGCGGUCGAAGGACGAGAGGCUGCCCCCAUCCAGGAACCACUUCACUCUGACCGGACUGACACCAGAGACAGAGUAUCUGGUCUCUGUGUACGCUGUCAACAACAAUCAGGAGAGUCAUCCUCUGACUGGCACACAGGCCACCAUCUCCGAUGCUCCCACUGACCUGCAGGUGACAUCGUCCACCCCGUCCAGCAUCACCAUUCGCUGGGACGCCCCCUCUGUCACAGUGAAGAUCUACAGGAUCACCUACGGAGGCACACGUGGUGAGGCUCCUCAAGAGUUCAGCAUCCCAGGCACUCAGACCACCGCCACCGUCACCGGUCUCAACCCCGGUACUGACUACACCAUCACGGUGUAUGCUGUUACCGGAAGAGGGGACAGCCCCGCUUCCAACACCCCCAUCUACAUCACGCACAAGACUGAUACCGAGUCCCCCACUGACAUGAAACUGACUGAUGUGAGUGACAACGCCCUCACAGUGCGCUGGUCUCCUGCUCAGGGACCAAUCAGAGGCUACAGAAUCACCAGCGUCCCCAAAAAUGGCCUGGGGCCAUCCUACUCUGAGGUGGUAGCCCCUGAUCAGACUCAGAUGACAUUCACAGGUCUGAUGCCCACUGUUGAGUAUGUUGUGAGUGUCUAUGCCCUGGGCAACGAUGGACAACCCUCCUCCCCCGUGGUGGAGAAUGCAAUCACUGCUAUGGACCGUCCCAAGGACCUGACCUUUACUGACAUCGACUCCAACUCCAUGCGCAUCACUUGGGACAGUCCUGACGGCACAGUGACAUCAUAUCGCGUCCUGUACUCCAGCUCAGAAGAUAGAGAGAGGGACCUGUUUCCAGCUCCCAGAGGAGACCAGAACACUGUGGUUCUGAGGAACCUUCGCCCCGGAACAGAGUACACUGUCAAAGUCAUCGCCCUCCAUGGACGCACACCCAGCACACCUUUGGUGGGAACCCAGGCCACAGUGAUCCCUGCUCCGACCAACCUGACGGUCUCAGAUGUCGGCCCAUCCACCUUCACCGUGUCAUGGCGAGCCCCCAAUGCACGCCUGUCAGGCUACCGCAUGGUCGUCAACCCCAAAAACAUCAACGGCCCCACCAAAGAGAUGAACGUUGCUCCGGACACCACCCGCGUUGUCGUCCCAGGGCUCAUGGUGGCGACCACAUAUGAGAUACAUGUCUAUGCUCUGAAGAACUCCGUCACUAGCAGGCCUCUGGAUGGAGAGACAACCACACUGGAAGAUGUAAGUCCUCCUCGGCGUGUGCGCAUCUCUGACAUGAAGGAUUCUUCUUUUACUCUGACCUGGCGCUCCAAGGCUGAAACCAUCACUGGUUACCUCAUUGAUGCCACGCCCCUCAGUGGCUCGCACCCCACCAUUAGCAGUACCAUCCCAGGAGAAACAAACACCUACACUCUCACAGGUCUGCAGCCAGACACAACAUACUCUGUUCACCUGUAUACUCUUAAGCACGACACAAAGAGCGACCCAUUUACUCUCAUCAUCACAACAGCUAAAGCAGUGGUCCAGGCCCCCACCAACCUCCAGUUCACAUCUUUGACCCCCACCUCCAUCUCCUUCACCUGGCAGCCACCUGCCACACACAUCACAGGAUACUAUGUCACCUAUGAAGAGUCAGGAGGAGCACCACAAGAGCUCAACCCACGACCCCACGCCGGCCAAAACUACGCCACCGUAUCUGGCCUGAGACCAGCCACCGAGUACAUCAUCAAGAUCAUUGCCAUCCAGAACACACAGAGGAGCACACCUCUGGUGGGCAGAAUCAGGACUCAACCAGACUCCUUGCUUCUCUUGCCUCUGCCCCACAACCCCGGAGGUAUUGAUGACAGGCUGGAUGUGCCUGAAACAGACUUGGACAACACAGUCCAGGUAGUGGGCAACAAUGGCCAGGAUGGGCAUGAAGGCCAGAGCCAGAAUGUGGAGUACACAGAGUUCAACAACAACAACAGAGACAACAACCGAUAUAAUGGGAACAGUGGCAACCCACAGUCUCCCUAUGGGCAAGUCCAUGAGCCCCUGGUCUUUGUGCCCCUUCCUGAUGCAGAGGGCCGCAGACUGCCCAUCCUGAAACUGAACCUGCCGAUUGGCUCUUUGUUUGAUAACGAGACGGGAGUGCCGCAGGAGGCCCAAACUCGGACCUCCAUCUCCUGGAAGCCUUACAAGCAGAGCAACGCCUACCUGGUGUCCUGCCAUCCCCUCAGUCACUUAGAUGAGAAGAUGUUCCAGGUCCGCCUUCCAGGCACAGCCACUACUGCUACCCUGAUUGGACUCUCCUCCGGAGAAAACUAUAAUGUUAUUGUGGAGGCUAUAAUGGGGGCGCUCAAACACAAAAUACUGGAGCAGAUCGUCACUGCCGGGAGCACAGUCCCAGAUCGAGUGCCCUCCACUAAGGACUCGUGUUACGACGCCUUUACUUCCACCUUCCACGAUGUUGGCGGGGAAUGGGAGCGGAUGUCUGAGACGGGCUUCAAGCUGUGGUGCAGGUGCCUGGGUCUGGGAACUGGCCACUUCAGAUGUGAUUCAUCCAAGUGGUGCCAUGACAGUGGCAACAACUACCGCAUUGGAGAGAAGUGGGACCGCCGCGCAGAGAAUGAUCACUUGAUGAGCUGUACUUGCUUGGGAAAUGGCAAAGGAGAGUUCAAGUGUGAACCGCAUGAUUCGGUGUGCUAUGAUGGUGGCAAAACUUACCAAGUGGGAAACCAGUGGCAGAAGGAGUACCUGGGUGCCAUCUGCACCUGCACGUGCUUUGGAGGACAGCAGGGCUGGCGAUGUGAGAACUGCCGCAGACCAGGUGGCGAUGUCGCUGCCAGUCUGCUGCUGCAGCCUGUGAGUUAUGGAAACAAACUACAAAAUAUUCAUUGCCCCAUUGAGUGCCUCCGACCUGACCUGCUGGCAGACGCACACGCUCCUCAAAGUCCUCUGGAGUAAAGCUAUGAACAUGUUUUGCUCUUUUUUCAACCAAUUUGACACUGUCUCACCAAUUAAAAAGCAUCCCGUCUGCAACUAAACUAACUGCCUUAUCACUUUCUGACAAAUCUGUUACACUGCCCUGCUGCCUGAUCAAAGAGAUUCUCCUCUAAAGCCGGUCUUUUCACUGAAUAGCAAGUCUCGAAAUGCAUGCUCUAUUGUAAAAUGAAGACUCCCGCUAUUUCCUUUGUGUAACAUGACCCUCAGAAUUGUGUGUACUUCAAUAAAAGCAAUAUAGGCCUUGUCGCCAAUCAGGUUUA